AUGGCUCAGCCCAAGGGCACGGUGGUCCUCGCCUACAGCGGGGGCCUCGACACCUCCUGCAUCCUGGUGUGGCUGAAGGAGCAGGGCUACGAUGUCAUCGCCUACUUGGCCAACAUCGGGCAGAAGGAGGAUUUUGAGGCAGCACGAAAGAAAGCGCUGGUGCUGGGGGCCAAGAAGGUUUACAUCGAGGACAUCAGCAGGGAGUUCGUGGAGGAGUUCAUCUGGCCGGCGGUGCAGGCCAACGCUCUCUAUGAGGACCGGUACCUGCUGGGCACCGCGCUGGCACGGCCCUGCAUCGCCCGCAAGCUGGUGGAGAUCACCCAGAGGGAGGGAGCCCAGUACGUUGCCCAUGGGGCCACCGGCAAGGGCAAUGACCAGGUUCGGUUUGAGCUCACCUGCUACGCCCUGUGUCCUAACAUCAAGGUUGUCGCACCGUGGAGGCUGCCCGAGUUUUACCAGCGCUUCCCCGGGCGCCGUGAGCUGAUGGACUACGCCAAGAAACACGGGAUCCCAGUGCCCGUGACACCCCAGACGCCCUGGAGCAUGGAUGAAAACCUCAUGCACAUCAGCUAUGAAGCCGGGAUCCUGGAGAACCCCAAGAAUCAGGCCCCCCCUGGGCUCUACACGAAGACCCGUGAUCCAGCCACCUCUCCUGACAUCCCAGACGUGUUGGAGAUCGAGUUUGAGCGGGGUGUCCCCGUGAAGGUCACCAACGCCGGGGAUGGAGCCACUCAUUGCUCGGCCCUGGAGCUCUUCAAGUACCUGAAUGACAUCGCGGGCAAGCAUGGCGUCGGGCGCAUCGACAUCGUGGAGAACCGCUUCGUCGGGAUGAAGUCCAGAGGUAUCUAUGAGACCCCAGCGGGAACGAUCCUAUACCAUGCGCAUUUAGAUAUCGAGGCCUUCACCAUGGAUCGGGAAGUACGGAAAAUCAAGCAGGGGCUCGCCUUGAAAUUCUCCGAGCUGGUGUACAACGGCUUCUGGCACAGCCCCGAAUGUGAGUUCCUCCGGCAGUGCAUCGGGCGCUCGCAGGAGGCGGUGGUGGGCACCGUGCGCCUCUCCGUCUUCAAGGGCCAGGUCUACGUCCUGGGCAGGGAGUCCCCGCGGUCGUUGUACAACGAGGAGCUGGUGAGCAUGAACGUGCAAGGGGACUACGAGCCUGCCGACGCCACCGGCUUCAUCAACAUCAACUCGCUGAGGCUGAAGGAAUAUCAUCGUCUCCAGAGCAAGGUCACCGUAAAGCAGGAUGAAUAG